AUGGGAAAUCAGUGCUGUGCAGGAAGAGAUUUGCUUUACAAAAAUAAACUGCAAGAAUUUGGAAUAGAGGGUUCAAAGACAAUAAGAAAAUUGUUAUCCUUUACAAGUAAUGAUAUUCUAAGGUUCGACAAGGCAUAUGACGAGAAUGAUGUUCAGGAGUUUGUGAAUUUGUGUUCAUCCACUUGUGAGAUUGAAAAGCUAGAGGAUAGAAUGCACCCAUGGGCUGCGGACCCGAAAACGAUUGGUGCAUUAUCGGCGACUCAGUUGGCCAUAUUGGCCAGUAAAGAAAAUGAACCACAUUACAAAGAUGCCAUUCGUGAAGCCGAUGGAAUACCUGUUUUCAUAAAUCUGCUAAAAUCACAUGAAUUGGACAGAGUGCACGCGUCGGUCGUGGCGUUAUCCUUUUUGUCUGUGGAUAAUGUGAAAAACUGCAUAACCAUGUUUGAAAAUGGAGUUAUGCCUUACCUAAUCAGCGGGAUGAAGUCAAAUAUAGACGGGAUGAAAGCUGCUUGUGCCCAAACAUGCAGAAAUAUCUUUGUAUUAGAUAAAAAAUAUAAAAAGGAAUUUUUAAAAUUAGGGGGAAUUUCCCAACUAGUGAAUUUGCUCGAGAUGCCACCGAACUAUGACGAUAGUCAACCCCUGUACACACAACUAGAGGCCAUUUAUCACUUGGAGGAUUUUAUACUGAAUGAUGGAGACGAAGUCCCCGAGUUUUUGGAAGCGGUUAAAAAAUCCAACGCAAUUAAAAAUUUGAAAAGUCUUCAGCAGUGCCCAGAGCAAGACGUAGCUGAAGCUUCAAAUGUUCUCCUAUUGAGACUUACGGAUUAA